AUGACCCCGCGCAAGGACCGCGACACGCCGAGCAACAUUGUCUACUCGCAACCCGCCAUGACCGGAACCGGCGACAGUAUCAUCUCGCAGAUGGCCUACGCCGUGUCGUGGCUGCGCAGCAAGGACGAGCCGCAAACCUGCUUCGACGUGCUCGGCUACCUGUCGGCGACGGCGCGUCCGGAGAACGAGCGAGAGUUCUUCGUCGAGCAGAUGCGCCGCCACCCGCAAAUCCAGUGGAUUCCGGACCCGGAUCUGAGCGAGCAGACCUGGCGGUCGGGCACCUACGUGCACCGGCCGACGAUCCCCGGCGUCAAGAACAAGACGCAGUUGCUCGCCUACCUGCAAAAGAAGACGGACGCCAGCGGGGUCAGCGUCAAGGACCUCAAGGACGGCUGGCCCGACUGCGAGGCUGGCAUCAACGAAUUGGAGAAGGAGCACCGGGUGCUCGUGAUCCGCGCCAAAAAGGAUGGCUCCGCGCGCAUGGUUUGGCUCGACGAUCCCAGCCUGUUCCACGAGGUUGACCCGCAGCUCAAGGUCAUGUGGGCGCGCACCGAAGUGCCCAGCCUCGACACCAUUGUGCAGCGCCUAGUCGCCGCCCAGCAGAAACCCGCGUCGGAGGACCCCCGACUCAAGGCGGCGCAGGCGCCCAAGGAACAGAAGAAGAAAAAGCGCGUGCAGCGCCGGGGGGCCAAGUCGACCAACACGCAUAUGGAGCAUUUGCUCAAAGACUACAGCCACAUGAAGCGCUGA